GUAUCUCCGAAUGUGCCCUUUUAAUUUUUUUUUUAUUAUUUUUUGUUUUGUUUUCUUUUUUGUUCUUUUCACCCAUAAACUGUUUAAAUUAAAUUCGUUGUUUUUUCUAACUCAAAUUCAAUACUCAGUGUUCUACAAAAUAAAACACAUCAAUCAAACCGGCUGCAAAUGAUAUAUUCUACAAAAAACAAACAAGAAUCUAAUCCGUCAACAUGAAGUUCGCGGAACAUCUUUCCGCGCACAUAACACCCGAAUGGCGAAAGCAAUAUAUAAAUUAUGAAGAAAUGAAAGCAAUGCUGUAUAUGGCGGUGGAAGAAGCACCAGCCGCUGACAGCGUUGAAGAUGAUGUACUUAAAAGACAUUUUGUUAAUUUCGAUGAAAGCUUCUUUCAUUACUGUGAUAAAGAACUUAAAAAGAUCAAUACAUUCUAUUCGGAAAAAUUAGCUGAAGCAACAAGAAAAUUUGCCACUCUUAAAGCUGAGCUAAAAACAUGCAUGGAUGAUGCUGAACGUUUGGCUAAGAAAUCAAAAUCAUUGAAAAAAGCUGGAAUGCCACAUAGAAAAGCCCAAGAACUGAAGUUGGCAUUUAGUGAAUUUUAUUUGAGUUUGAUUUUAUUGCAAAAUUACCAGAAUUUAAAUCACACUGGCUUUCGAAAAAUAUUGAAAAAACACGAUAAGCUACUUCGUGUUGAUGCUGGAGCGAAAUGGCGCCAGGAUUAUGUUGAAGCGUCUCACUUUUUCACCAACAAAGACAUUGACAACAUAAUCAAUGAUACCGAAACACUCGUCACAAGUGAAUUGGAAUCUGGUGAUCGCCAGCGAGCUAUGAAGCGCCUUCGGGUGCCUCCAUUGGGUGAACAGCAAAGUCCUUGGACAACAUUUAAAGUGGGCUUAUUUUCUGGUAGUUUUAUUGUCCUUGGAAUUGUGGUUUUCUUAUCAGUCAUCUUUCACGACAUUAGCGGAGAAAACUUGAAAGUAACCUUUAGACUGUACCGAGCGCCGUUACUUAUUAUCGAAUUUAUCUUCCUUAUUGGAGUCAACAUUUAUGGUUGGCGAUCGUCGGGUGUAAAUCAUGUACUUAUCUUUGAGCUAGAUCCAAGAAAUCAUCUCUCAGAGCAGCAUUUGAUGGAACUAGCAGCAAUUUUUGGUGUCAUAUGGACUCUAAGCAUGUUGAGCUUUGUGUAUAGUUCCAGUUUGAGUAUACCUGCCUAUGUGAAUCCCCUAACGUUGACUGUAAUAAUGUUCGUAUUUUUACUUAACCCAUUCCAUGUCCUUCAUCAUGAUGCCAGGUUUUGGUUAUUAAGAAUUUCUGGUCGUAUGAUAGCAGCUCCAUUUUUCCAUGUUGGCUUUGCUGAUUUCUGGCUGGGUGAUCAAUUGAAUUCACUUGUAACAGCAUUGCUUGAUUUUGAGUAUUUAGUUUGUUUCUACAUCACAAAUGGUGAUUGGGCGCAAGCAAAUAAUACAUCGGUUUGUUUGGAAAAAGAUUUCCUUAUUCGCCCGUUUUUCAAUUGUCUACCAGCAUGGUUUCGUUUUGCGCAAUGUCUGCGUCGUUAUCGCGAUUCCAAAGAAGCUUUUCCCCAUUUGGUAAAUGCUGGAAAAUAUUCUACAACAUUUUUGGUUGUGAUAUUUGCAACAUUACGCUCCUUUUAUGGAGUUAACUAUACAAAUACAUUCGAUAAUCCCUACACAUGGUUGUGGAUGAUAAGUUCAAUUGUUUCAUCACUCUAUGCCUACACAUGGGACAUUAAAAUGGAUUGGGGCUUGUUUGACAAAAAUGCUGGAGAAAAUAAAUUUUUACGAGAAGAAAUUGUUUAUACAUCAACGUUCUACUACUUUGCUAUUGUAGAAGAUUUAUUGUUGCGGUUUAGCUGGGCACUAUCGUUGUACUUAACCCAAAUGAAAUUUGUUCCCAGUGAAGUAAUGACUUCAAUUACAGCAAUUCUCGAAGUGUUUCGACGCUUUGUUUGGAAUUUUUUCCGACUGGAGAACGAACACUUGAAUAAUUGCGGUAAAUUUCGUGCCGUUCGUGAUAUAUCUAUCGCGCCAAUAGAUUCAUCUGAUCAAACACAAAUUCUUCGAAUGAUGGACGAACCAGAUGGUGUUGUUAAUCGAUAUUCGAAAACAAAUCGACCUAAGCCUAAAAAAUCCAAAGAUCCCGAAAAACGAAGCCUUCUGCAUCCACGUGGAUCUCUGCAAGAUCUUAAUAUCGAUGUUGAAGGGACCAAAAAACUUUAAGUUUUCCAAAUUUCAAAAAUAAUUUAUAUAUAUUUUUUUUUAAUCUGUUAGUUUAAUACUUUUUUUUAUAGCUUUUAAGAUAAAAAAAAAUGUCACAAGACAAAAAACGCGAAAAAAACCGAUUGCAUUGUGCAGAAAAAAAUAACGCUUAUUUUUGAAGCGGCAGUAUUACUUAUAUAGAACAGAGAACCAACAAAUUUAUUUUUGAAGGACUGCUUUUAGGCAACAAAAUUAAAAAAAAAAAAAGAAAAAAAAAACAAUAAUUAAUAUUAGAAACACAUUCAAAAUUAAAAUGUUAUAAAAUCGAAACCAUUCCUCUGUAUCACCUAUUCCCUAUUAUAUACGUCAUGUGUCUUUUUUUUUAAUUUGUAAAAUUAGUUGUAGUUUGUAGGUUAAAUCGGAUAACUGUUGAGUACAUUUACAUU